AUGCUGUCCAAACGCCCUCUCGAGUACAUUGGCCGGCGAGCCCAAACGGGCACAGUCAACGACUCCAGUUACGGCCACAAUGUAACUUUCCGUUCUAGAUGGGGAGACAACCCAAAUUUACAAAUGCAAAUCAAAAGAGUCCUUUCACGGUCGGAACGGGAAAAACGAGAAUUAGCCACCGUUCACGACCCAAUUAGCAUGGCAGCCUCACAAACGACACCACCGCCCGCUUACAGCAUGGCAGCAUCCGAUCUUCCAUCCGGAGCGACGAUGCGGCGCGCCACCACGGCCGACAUCCCCAUCGUCUCCGUCUACAUGGACUCAUUCAGCCACGACCUCUUUAGCCGACAAGUCUUCCCCCGCAGUGCCUCCUCCUCCAUGACGUACUGGACGCGGGCCGUGGCGGAAGAAAUGGCCGAGGCCGACGCCGUCUGGCUCGUCGUGACCGAGCCCGUCGCUGGCCAACAAGAAGCAGUCCAAGCCUUUGUCAAGUGGAUGCGUCCCGGGGCGCCGUUCCGGGACCCCGACGCCGCCGACGUCUACCCGCCCGAAGGCAACCCGGCGCUCGCAGUCGCCUUGUACGCGCGGGUCAUGGGCGCGCACCGCGAGCGUAGGUGGGACACGCCGCAUUGGUACCUGGACAUGAUGGGCGUGCGGUGUGCGUGUCAGCGACGAGGUUUCGCGAGGGCCAUGGUCGGCUGGGGGAUAAAGCAGUCGCAGAGGGGUAGCUGCCCGCUGUACGUGGACGCGACGGGGGAUGCGAGGGGCUUUUACGAGAAUAUGGGGUUUGAGAUGCUAGGAAGAGACGAUGAUGAUUGCAAGGUGGUGAUCGAGACGACGGAGGGUGAUGUGGAGAUCUAUCUGAUGCUGCGGAAGCCUGAUGCUCUUCUGGAAGGACCGGACCGACAGUCCUGUUGCAUCCACUCCAAAGUAGAGAGAGACUGUAUUAGCUGUAUGACUUUAAUAGAGAAUCAGUGA